AUGUCGCAAUCGGAUCUAUCAGUAUUGUCCGCUCAUACUGCCACGAGUUUCCACGAAAUGGACUUGGAAAUCUUGAAAGAGACUCAAAAGAACUUGGAACUAGAGAUGAAUGACAGAAUGAAUGUUGGAAAGGAGAUUGAAGUAGAAGAGAUGAUGGAAACCCCUGUCGUUUUUGUGGCUGUUGACGAUCAGAAUCUGAAAAAUGGCCAAGAUGUGGAUUCAUUUGUUUUCGAGAAACUGGAAUUUCGAGUAAAACAAGUAGUUGAGUACGGUACUCGUCGUGUCUAUCUCUCUGUUCAAUCAACGACUCCAGCUGAAUGGAAUCUUCUUGUUCAACUUAGAAUCAAGACAGGAUCCCAAUCGAAUAUUCUGAAUGUUGUCGAUAAAGAUGUAUUCAAGUUUGAUGCUUUUUCCUAUCCACUCAAUGUGGAAAUUCAGAAUAAUGAUGUCAAGUUUCUGAAAUUUGAGAUGCGAGUCCUUAAUCUGAUGUAUCUUGAUUAUCCGAAAUUUGAAGAUGGUGACGAAGUUAUUGAGUUUGAUGAUGGAUCUACUAUUCGUGUUCACUCAAAUAUUCUUGCGCUUUUGUCUGAUUUCAUGGCAGGGGCAGAGAAACAAUAUGCAUCUCGUUCAGGAUGUUCAGCCAUCAGAGUAACGUCUUCUGAGAAAGAAGCAUUUCUGGAGCUUCUCUAUCAAGCAUAUCCAACUCGUCGUCCCAUUUAUUCAUCUUUUCGUCGUUUGACUGCCGCUUCUGUUGCUUACAAAUGUGAUAUUUUGAUCUAUCAUUUAUCAAAACAUCUCAUUGAAUACAACUUCAGACCGAUGACAUUCAUUCAACGCUUCCAAGCAUCCAUUGAGAAUCGUCUCGAACCGGCAAUUCGUGAACUUGCAUUCCGUGCUGCAUUGGACGGAACUUGGAAUCGUCUUAUUCAAUCUGGAUUCGAACCGGAGAAUUUCUGUGGGAGACAAGUCUAUACAAAGAUUGUUUGUCCAGCAAUUCUGGAGGCAAGAAGUGCGAGACCCGAUGCAACAACUUUUCAACCGCCAGUUCAGAAACUCAACUUUAUUGAAUUGGAAGAAGGAGACAAUACGAAAUCAUCAAUUCUGUUCAGAGGAACUCAUUUUUAUAUCAACAGUGGACUCUUGGCUGCCCAUGGAAAAGAAAUGUUGUGUAUUGGUCAGAAUGGAGAGUAUAUUGCUCGUUAUACUCCAGAAUUCCAUCGUGAAUGUGCGAGAGAAAACUUGAUUCCUGGUGAAGUACUUGUUCAACUUUUCACUUAUAUGCAUCCGAUGGGAGACGUUCCACAUCCAACUAUGAUUCGUGCUUGUAUCGUUUUUGCUCAUGACCAUGGAUGGAAUGUUGUAAAAGAAAACUUGGAGCAAGAGUUCGAACCACCGAUAACUCCAGAUGAAUACAUGUCUCAGUUGGUUUUUGGUGACAAGUUUGAUCUCAAAAACUUGCUUCGUGUCAAUAUUCAAAGGGCUGAAUCAAGUUGCCGUGAACUCGCUGAAGCACUCGAGAAACAUGGAAAGUUGAAGAUGUUGAAAGAUCGGACUCGUGAAGAAAUUCUAGAUAGAAUGUGCAGUGGAUGGGGAUUGAAUCCAAUGGUCAAUCGUCUUUCCACGAGAUUUCCAACAACUUUCCAUCAUCGAACUGUCAAUUUGGAACGUGGAAAAGCAGUGGUUGUUGGAGAAGGAAGAGCUAUUGACACGUUGAAUUCAAUGGCUUCGGAACAUGCUUUUGGGGAACCGAAUGAGCUGAUUGUCCUCGAAUAG